CCACAACAAGAUGGUCUGUGAGUGUGUGUGUGGCGGCCAUCUCGGGAGUUUCUUACACUGACUCCUCUAGGGAUCGCCUCAUGCCUUGUGGGAAGGUGUGUGAGUUUGUAAAGCAAUGGACGAUAUAACUGAAAGCGACCACCAGCCUAGAGAGAGUACAGUGGACAAAAGCGACCCAGCGGAUGGCCACCUCAAGGAUUCCUGCACUAGCCGCUGUGGUCUUGCUAAGGUGACGCUGAGAAUACCAUUUAAACCCGAGACUUUUAAGGCCCAGUCGCUACUAGCAAGGUUCCACAGCUCAAGGAAAUCUGACAGUGGUAUUAAGAGUGAAUUCAAGGCGGGUAGUGGUGGUGGUGGGGCGUCUGGGUUAGGAUUCGGGCGGGGGUGGAGACGUCCUAAAACUGGGAACUCCUUUGAGGGACCUGCAAGUGUUGUGACAGAGCCAGAAAACACAUCAACGAGUCUUCCAGAUGAUCUCAAUCAGAACAGUACUGUGGUUACGAACGAGGGAGGCGCUGUAGUGUGUGACAAUGGUGUUAGUAGCGCUAGUGACGAGCUGGACACUGGUAUCACAAGGAGCUUCUCGCAGGAGGUGUCAGGGGGACAGGGAGAGGCUGAGGGGCUGUUUGGUACCUGGCCCGGCCGUCCUAGAAAACUCAAAAUCCUAAGGAAAAGAUUGCUAGCCUCAGGGGCAGGUAGUAGAAUAAAUCCUGACCAUGUGCCUGCUGCUAAGACAAGUGAGAACGCAGAGAAUAAAGAAACUUCCUCUCUACUGCCCCCGACGAUGGACACCCAGACACUGGACGACCCAGCUGCCUUCAGGAAGACCAAGGCAGACCUGGAAGACGGCACUGCCCUCGUGAUGAACUCGAAGUCAGCUGAAGUACCAAGCCAUAACGUCUCCCUUGAUGCCCUGCUAGAAUCUCUUCCUCUGAUCUACAACCCGGCCACAAAGCAACUCUGCCUUGGUACGCUGAAGAAGAACAAUGAACCUUCAGUCAAUGGCAUGUCAGGUAAAACAACAGCUGACGAUUAUGAUCACGACAUCCAUCCAGAAAAACUAAAAUUAGCAUGUAGUGAAAACGGCACAGAAUUAGGGAAGGAAAAUGAAAAAUCUCAAGAAGAGGGUUUCCCUAGUAACUCCGAGCUGGGAGAGGCACUGACGUUACCCAAGUCCCUGGAGAUAAUACAAGAGGUGGAGGAGAGUGGGGAAACAGUGAAGCUGAUAGAUAAAGGUAGCAGCCCACCAUCAGGCAAUGUGAGUGGAAGCUCGUCGUUGGAAAGAGGGAAUUAUGAGACCAUUAAAAACACCUUGCAGAGGGUUGGAACCAGUAACUCACUCUCCAUCACUGACGCUAGUUCCUUCUCGAGUCUCUCCAGUCUCAACACCGAGUUCUCUGCCUAUUCAGCCUCCGACAGCGCCGUGUGUCUAGGCUCCCACCAGUCUGAUACAGGCUCUCUCAGGGACUUCGUUCUCACUGACAAUGACGGCAAGAGCAAAAAGAGAGGGAUUGCGGAUUUUCUAACUAGAAACCUCUUCUCGUGGCGUCACAAGGAUGGCGGCGGCGGGAGUGACGGCGCCUCCUCCACAUCCUCCUCCCCCGUGCCUUCCUCCCCUGUGGUUUCUACCGGCUGGAGGAUCUUUUCCCGCCCCAGCACGCGCCUUUCCCGCUCCCCCGAGGUACAGGUCCGUAACUGUGACCUGGAGGCAGGCAGUGUUGGGCUCAUCAUGGAGAAUAGACCCAACACCCUCCCAGCCAAGACUGCCGGGGAGCAGCUCAAACACAAGCAGGAGUACCAGAGGAUGGUCUCAGCUGCCAAGAAGAAAGAGUUGAGAGAGGCCAAGGAGAGGAAGAAGGCACAGGCAAACCUUCAACGGCAAGAAGAGCAACUUGCAAUAGCCGUGGCCACAUGGAACACUGAAAUAUUACCUAAGUGGGAUACCAUGCGUACCCACAAGAAGUGUCGGGAGCUGUGGUGGCAAGGGCUUCCCUCCUGCGUGAGGGGCCGUGUGUGGGAGCUGGCUAUUGGCAACGACCUCAACAUCACCCCUCAGCUCUACAACAUCAUGGUGCAGAGGUCUGUUGAGAAGCUGGUGAGUCUGAGUGAGUGUGGCAGCAUGGCCAGCCAGGAAGACAUGACUAGCGACUCGGGUGACCAGGAGGCAACCAUUGACCUCAUCCGUCUUGACGUGUCUCGCACCUUUCCUCAUCUCUGCAUAUUCCAGAAGGGAGGACCUUAUCACGACCCCCUUCACAAUAUCCUGGGAGCUUAUGCUUGCUACCGUCCUGAUGUUGGGUAUGUGCAGGGCAUGUCUUUCUUGGCGGCCACUCUCCUGCUGAACAUGAAUGAGGAAAACGCCUUCAUCAGCUUCUCAAACCUCCUCAACAGACCAGCACACAUGGCUUUCUUCAGAGUCAAUCAGCCAAUGAUGUGUGCUUAUUACCAGACUUUUGAGGCAUUACUAGCUGCCAACCUGCCUUCACUUGCCACUCACCUACAAAACAUCAGAGUGACACCUGACCUGUAUGUCCUUGAUUGGCUGCUGACAGUGUUCUCUCGGCCUCUUCCCCUCGAUGCCGCCGUCAGGAUAUGGGAUGUUUACUUGAGAGAUGGAGAAGAGUUUUUGCUCAGAGCAGCCAUUGGAAUUCUGAAGCUGUACGAGGAAGUAUUGACUCACCAGGAAUGCACAGCUACCGCUGCACAGUUUUUGACUCGCUUGCCUGAUGAUCUCUGUGCAGAUGCUUUAUUCCGGGCCAUUGCAUCCGUCCGAACCUCCGCCCACAAGCGCACCUUUGCACAGAUCCUCCAGGAGCACAUGGAUGCGAUGUCUGCUGCUGAUGUAUGAUCAUGGCUGAAUAUUACACUACAUCUCUGUAUCAUUCAUGGCUUAUUCUCAGCUUCUCUCCUGUUCUGAAGUGAUCUGCUCAAAGUACCAGUACAUGAUAACAUCUCUUCAUUGUUUACAGUUCUGUGUAGUCUCUUCUUGCGUCAUAUUAAUUGUUUUAUUGUUCAUUAUUGGUAGAGUGACCUGCGUAUAUCUAUUUUGAAAGUGAAGACAUGUAUUUUAUUUUACUCAUCUAUUUUAUUUUAUCCUUAGAUUUUAAGUAUAGUUAAGAAAGAUAGAUGAGUGAUAGUUUGUACGUGAAUCGUGAGUGAUGAGAUUAUAAGCAGUUGUGUGGAGGUUUGGAAGUAUGGAGGAUCUGAAGAUGAAUUAGAAUACGAUAUAUUAAAGAUGAAUGUUAAAAGGUUAUAUAUGUAUACUGAAGAAAACUAUAUUAAAGCAAUAUUACUCAAGAGCUUAGAGAUCUGACAUGGAAGUAGAAAAGGUCUUAUUAUGGGCUUUAAUGGCUGUUUUGUAACACAUGAUGGUGGGAAGGACAGCAAUAUAGUUUAAAUCGUCAACAUAUCUACCUAUCCUAGCAGUGUAUCUUGUAGGUAAAGAGAGUGAUGGUGAUAUAAACAUUUUGAGUAGGCCAUCUUAUCUGAUCUUACAAAUUAGCAGUUUACAAUCAGGUGUUAUACGGACAUAAUAAUUUGGUUGUGCUUUAUUUGAUUCACCUUUCAUAGACAACAAUUGCCUGAAACAAUCUUGGGGGAAAUUAUUUACAUCCUCAGAAUGUUGUAUUUUUUUUACCAGAUAUUUUAAAGAUGGGAAAGUAAACUUGUAUUUAUCUAUAUGCCAUGUCAACCUGGUUUAUGGAUAGAUUGAAUAAGUAGAGUAAGUUUAGUUUGAAAAAUUUCUGUCAUACGGUUUAUUUUCCCCAUUGUCAUUAGUAUUGAAAUCAAGAUACAGUACCUAGAUCCAUAAUAAUAAUAGUGCAAGUUACCUACAUAAUUCUGUGAUAGUUUAUUCAUGCAAAGACAUACAAUCAAGAGAACUGCUGGUCAAUCAUUAGUAUAUCAGUAGUUAAAGCGUUGUGAAUGUUAUCUUAUAGAAUUACGAAUGCAGUAAAGAUAAUUAUUCCUCUUGACAGGAACGAGUUUAUGUGAUGAUGAAGGAAAGAACAAUAUGGACUUUCAUGUUGUUACUUUAUUACUUUCUUCAAACCAUUUUGUAUAUGAACUUUUUGUGAUUUGUUUCUUCUCCCUUGUUAACUAUUCAUUAAUGUUAGUGCAGUCGUAGUAAUUUUAGUGCUUCAAAGUUAAUAUUUAUUCUGAAAUUAUAAAAAAGAAAAUACAAAACCCUUUUCAUCCAGAUUUUUUUUUCUCUCUCUCAUUCUGUGAGUAUUUCUUUGCAUGUGUAUGUGUUUUAGCUGAGAAAGGUAGUAACUAGAUUGCAAGACACCAUUAGUACUCUUACAGCAUCUCAAAAGACUUACAACAUCUCUGAUCUUUCAAGUUGUUGCAUCAAAGUAUGAAUAUGAAGGUGUACUGGAUUCUAACUAUAGACCUAACAGCAGAAUGUGGUAGCAGAGUAGAUUGGCCCUUCAGCCAUUACACUGAGGCUACUCUGCAUCAUGAGAACAUUUGUCUAAAAAAUUAUCUUUUAAUAAGUGUGGAUGAAAUGGGUUUGACGAUAUAUUACUGUUAGUGUGAUAUUUUGGUUCUCUUAUUUUCUUUUGUUUUUGACGCAUAUUAAUAUUUCAUAAUUACAUGCAUAAUCAUAUUCUCUUUACUCAUCUUCAUUGUCAUUAAGCGCACAAUAUUGACAGGGGCUCCUUGGUCGUGCCACAGGCUGGCAGAGCAACAGAUUUUCUGGUUAUUUUCAUAUUCACGUGUUUUUGAAAAUAGAAGACUUCUUUUUGGUGCCUGGUGUCUCCUGCAGUGGACCAACAGUGGUGUGUAGCAACGCUCGGGUGCACCGGUCUCAUGUGAUGUGUGCAUCAACUGAAUUGUGUCACAUUUUUAGGUUAUCCUAAAUACACAAAGUUUUAAUAUUCUAAUUUCAUCAAUUAGAUUUGAUUCUUUGAAAAGUUUGUACAUAUGUUUCUUUUCAGGUAUUGCCAUUAUUUAUAGUAACAUUUUUUAAUAUUCAGCAAAUUAGUAGCAAUACAUUUCAGAGUUUUUUAUGAAUAUACUGUUCAUAUAUCUGUGAUAAUUGAAUACUCAUUUACAUUUUUACAUUGAAAUAAACCUGAAAAAAUACUAGUUUAUUCAAUAAAUCUCAUAGUAUGCUUUGAUAUAUGAUGAAUCUCAGAAGCUUCUAUGCAUAUCAAGUAACACCUGCUUGCUUCUCAUCUACAGAGGUAUAUUUUGUUUAUAAUGAAGAAGGUAUUGUGCUCCUUGACUUCUUCUAUACAUAUAUGUUGGUUUAUGAGGCCAUUUGUUCUGAAAGACACUCCCAGGUUUUCAAGGAAGAUUUAGUUAUGAACCACCCAUGCCACAUCAGAUGCUCUCCUUUAAUGUUAUCUUUAUACAAGGAAAAUUAUUUUUAACAGGAGCUUGUCAGGUGUGAAGGCAAGACUGGCCUCACACUGGACCAACCAAGUCCAUUGCAGAUGUUCAAGAGUGUCUUUUCAGUUUGUUUGGUUCUCUGAUUAUACAAUUCUGAAGAUUCCUAUCCACUACCACACUCUGUCCUGGCUCCAGUCUUGUCUUUGCACUGACUCACAAUGAUAUUGAUCUGAUCCUUUGAAUUAUUAUUGAAGUAAUGUAUAAAACUCCUCAAAAUAUUACUCGGAUAACACACAACACUGAUACAGUGUGGCAUGCCAAUGCAAACACCAAGACAGGGCCUAAACUGCAAACUUUGUCCUGUAAAUCAACAUAUAUACUUGGAAUCCUUUACCUAAUCAAUUGGGAAUGAGUUUUAUGAUAACUAUGUUCACACUUAAUGCAAAGUCACAUUGUACUACUGAUUAUGAAUUUUAAAGAAGAUUUUAUUCCUGCUGCUACAAAAUAUACAGUGCUCUUGUGUCACAUUAAUAAUGUAAACUUUUGAGUUAGUUUCUUGUAGAUGAAUAAUGCAAGAUGAUAUAUGGGUAUAAAUGUCAAUGUUGAGUGUAUACAUGAUACUUUGAGCACUAGUAUGUAUGUACCUUGUACUCUCCAGUGGUAGCCGUAGCGUGUUGUGUGCUGCAUGGACAGUUGAAUAUGCAUAUGAUGCAUGUAGUCAUGCCAUGUGGCAAUUCAUGGACCAAACCUUUGCCAUCCUCCAGGAGGCAGCAGGCCAGUGACCACUGUGGUGCACUGCUGCUUCACUCUUCUUUUGUAUCAAGACAUAAAAGCAAUCCAUCAAUAGAUAGAGGAUAUAGCUUUUAUUGUUUAUUUAUUGGAAUAUAGCCUCUACUUGGCAUUUGUGUCAGUCUAGGGCUGCCAUAGCCAUCACCCUAUACUUCUGAGAUUGUGCAGAAAUGAAUGUAUGGAUGCAUGGUUCUUGUAUUAUUAUCGAGGAAGAAAAGUGUAGGUUAUCAUGCUUGAGGAAUGGGCAUAAGUUAUCAUUGCAAAUGUUCCUACAUAUUAAAACAUCAGCAUGAAUGCAGGCAUUCUAAGAAAGUAUUGCUCCUUUAAUAUUACCAGUGUCCAGUAAAGUGAUGUAUCCUGUAAGCAUGUACAUGUAUCUAUCAUAGAAAUAUUUAUGCUCUUGAAUUUUAUCUUGUUAGCUACAGUGUCUCAUGAGCUUUAAACUUUGCACACUAAACCCGUGCAGUACUGAGACACAAUGCAAAAACACACAUAGUAACAAUAUUAUAUGUAAUGUAUUAAGAGGAAAUUAUCCAUAUUAAAAUAGCAAGUUGAUAUUUGUGGAUGGUGUCUGUAGAGGCUAUGUAUAUUGUGGAACUUAGCACAUCACAUAUUCAUUGUUGAACAAGAUUAUCCAUAUACAUAUUACCAGCUGCAGCAGUUUGUUAUUCUGUGUGAUUGCACAGCUGACUUGUGCAGUGUGAAAUGCUGAAGAUCUGUCCCUCCCUCGAGAGGCACAGAGGCCAACUUGUGAGAGUGUGUUUGUGAAUGUAUGCACAGAUGCCUUGUCUUGGCUAUCCUGUAGUUAGGGAAUAUUAGCCCAUGUGUGUGUGUGUGUGUGUGUGUGUGUGUGUGUGGUCAAGCCCCAGAAAGUUGAACAUUAUGGAUACUGAUGAUACAGACAUUACUGAAAAUAUCAUCCUAAACAAACUUCCCAAGCAAUAUUUAUACUCUUGUGAAAAUUGUCCCCCCUCCCCCCUGCAAAAAAAAAAAAAAGACAUAAUUAUCAUAACAAAUAGCUACAGAAAACUUAAUGCAAAUUCUGAGACCACUCACACCAUAGACUUUAUCAAAGACAACCAGACAAAUAACUGUACCACAUGACCAACUAACUACAUAUUACUGUAGAAAUCCUUGAAAAUAUUACUUGGGCAGACUGUUGAUGAGAGCGAUGAUAUGUAUUAAUUUCAUGUAUAGAUUGUUUUGAGAUGUAAAGUGACCCACCAUUUCAGCAAAAAGAGUGACCCAGAGUGACUUAGCUCAUAGGGUGCUGUGUAGAAUGAGAGGGUAGAUUCUUUGUACAGUGAGAGGGUGCCAUGUAGUGUGGGAGGAUAGAGUUGACAUGGUAGUCACCAGUGAGUGUUAGCGGUCAAUUACUGACUCAUUGACAGUUGUGGCUGAUGAAACUAGUGUUAAAUACCAUGCAUGCACACUCAGUCAUGGUCAUUUCUGCAUAUUUCAUACAUACUGAGUUCUCUCCAUGAAAAUGUUCCAUGUAAUCAGAUUCUGUCAAUGCUCAAACUUAUUUUGUAUGAAAGUUAGAGGAGACAUUUGAGUUCUGAGGUAUGUUGUCCUCUAAAAACUUGUUGGAAAUCAUAAUGAAGGAGAUUCAGUAAGAAUGUGCUAAGUGAAUGUGUUGGAUGUGUCCUCAUCAUUCCUGUUGUGUCAUUAUGCAUCAUUUUUAUAAUACUGUCCAAUCAUCUGUGUGUUCCAUUUUAUACUUGUUGCAUUUUAAAGACUUUGGUCACUAUAAAAUAAAAGGAGCUUUGUU